CUGGGUUUUAUCUUUCUUCCUUUUCUAAUAUCACUGGAAGAACGCAAAGCAAAAUUAGCUCUACAGCUCUCGUAAAAGCCUUGUCAUUUAGCAAGAAAUCUGUUAGUGACAUUAACUUUGAAACUCAUCAAAACGGUUUCAUUAUUGUGUCUAAUUCAGGAAACUAGAGAAAAAGAAAAGAGAGACUGUUUGUCGUCGUAAACGUGUUGCUAGCUAAGAUUAUUGCUCGUCAAGCCCUACAUCUGACUGUCUGAAUACUGCUGCUGUCAAAGACAAACUCAGGGCUGCUGUCAUGGAUCAAAUAGGGAUCACUGCAGAAGGACCAAAGAGUCCAUGGGGCGCCACCACUACCAAGGUGGUAUCACCCUGCUCCCUCGCUGACGUCAUGAGCGAGCAGCUGGCCAAGCAACUGGAUGAGGAAAGCAAUGCUUUCCCCGAUUCCCCAGAUGUCAGUGCUGCUCUGGAUGGCGUUGAGGAGCCAGAAACUGACUGUGAUCUGAUGCUGGCACAGAUGCUGCAGAUGCAGUUUGACAAGGAGUUUGACACCCAGCUGCGCACAGAAGAAAAAAAAUUAAAUGGGGAUAGCAAACUGUCCAUCUCCUUUGAGAACUACCGUAUGGUGCACCCUUACGAGGACAGCGACAGCUCCGAGGAUGAAGUUGAUUGGCAAGACACUCGCCACGACCCCUACAAAGCUGAUAAGCCCACGACAACUCCAAGAAAAGGCUUUACUGGGAAAGGCAAGAACAUCACUACUAAGCACGAUGAGAUUGUGUGUGGCAGGAAGAAUACUGCACGCAUGGACAAUUUUGCCCCAGAGAUCAAUGUGGGAGAUGGGCUUGGCAUGGACCUGAAGCUCUCUAACCAGGUGUACAACUCCCUGAAGCAACACUGCUACUCCGAGCAGCGUCGCAGUGCCCGGCUGCAUGAGAAAAAGGAACACUCCACUGCUGAACAAGCAGUGGACCCAAAGACCCGUCUGCUCAUGUACAAAAUGGUGAACGCGGGCGUUCUGGAGAACAUCAACGGCUGCAUCAGCACUGGAAAGGAGUCUGUGGUGUUCCACGCAGAUGGGGGAAGCAUGGAGGAGAAUGCUGUCCCAGAUGAGUGUGUACUCAAGGUCUUCAAGACCACACUCAAUGAGUUCAAGAACCGCGACAAGUACAUCAAGGACGACUACCGCUUCAAGGAACGCUUCAGCAAGCUGAAUCCCCGCAAGAUCAUCCGCCUGUGGGCUGAGAAAGAGAUGCACAACCUGGCUCGUAUGAAGAAGGCUGACAUCCCAUGCCCUGAGGUGGUGGUUCUGAAGAAGCACAUCCUGGUGAUGUCGUUCAUUGGCAAGGACCAUGUGCCGGCUCCCAAACUGAAAGAGGCCAUGUUGGGCUCUGAGGACAUGAACAGGGCCUACUAUCAAGUGCUUCAUCUGAUGCAGCAGUUGUAUCAGGAGUGUAACCUCGUCCACGCUGACCUGAGCGAAUACAACAUGCUGUGGCAUCAGGGGAAGGUUUGGCUGAUUGAUGUAAGUCAGUCCAUUGAGCCCAAUCACCCUCACGGCCUUGAGUUCCUGUUCAGGGACUGCAGGAACGUGGCUACGUUCUUCCAGAAGGGCGGGGUGUCUGAAGCCAUGAAUGCGUACGAGCUCUUCAACGUUGUGUCUGGGCUGCAGCUCAGCGGUGACAGCGAGGCAGACUUCCUUGCCCAGAUCGAGGCACUGGAGAAGAUGAAUGAAGACCAUGUGCAGAGAAGGGGCAAGAAAACAUACGCCUCCAGCACCAGCGACGGAGGGCCUCCCCUAUUACACGACGAGGAUGAUUAACGAUGAGAUGUUAGACACCAUGAUUAGCUCCAUGGAACCUGUUUGGUUGAUUCUGUUUGAGAGAAUGGGCGAGUAAUCCCCCCCACGGUCUUUCACAAUGAGGGACACGAGAGGUCGAAAGGUCACUGCAUCCCAAGAUGGCGUCAUAGGCUACACUGGGGGCAGUGGUCUGAAAAGCCUCCCAUACACCUCCAUGAAAUGUCAACAUCUCAUUCCAUUACUACGGCUGUAGAUGGAAUGGAUGGGGACAUGACGGAUGCAUCUACAUGCCUACACAAUAAUUGCUUUUUAAAUUAGAGGGUAUUCAGCAUUCAUGACAUGAAGUUCUCUUCACAGGUGAACUGAGCUCAAAUGAAAAGAGCUUUGCGUUAUGUUAUAUGAAUGGAACAAAUUGCAAUCCAACAUUUGGUGAAGAGCCCUAGUAGGUGUCAGUAAAUAUUUUAAUCAUGAAACUUGCUCUCAUGAAUGAAGACACACAAUUAGUUGUUUGUCAUUGGCUCUGAGAUGCAUUGAGGUCCAUUGACCUUACAAGGGAGCUGUGUUUGUCUGUGCUCUGUAACUGCAAUAGAAUGGUGGAAAUAAAUGGCCAAAAUUGUA